AUGUCGGUAAUCUUGAAGCGUUUUCCUCUGCACUCCGUAAGCACAUUCCUGGCCCGACCGUCGAUAGUGAAAACACGCGAUCGGAUCACCAACUUCAAACCAGUGCGCUUCGUCCUCAACGUCCUCGACGACUACGCCAGCGUAAUCAAGGACGCCGCCGAGGAUUCCCGCGCCCGUCCAUGGCGCUCCGUGGCCAUUAGCCUCGGUUUAUUGACGGCGUAUCUGGCGUACCGUCGCAACCCGACCGAGCUGAGUUUCCGCGAUCACUGGCUGGACGCCAACAACGAUCUCAUCCAAGUGCCGGUGCGCAGCCGUAAUCCGGCCGCCGAGGAGUUUCUGGUGGAGGUGGGCCGGUUGCGCAAUCAGGGACGGCUGGAGUAUCAGAAUUGGGGGCUGGCCGCGGUGGUGUUGCGGAGGGAUUUCGAUAAAGGCUGUGAUUUGUACGAAGCACGGUGUAAGUACUUGAAGGUGCCGCUGGAGCGCUUGUGGGACACCGUGGUGGAUGUGGGGGUGUGGGGAAGGUGGUGGAGGAUGGAGCGCGCCAUGAGGGAUUAUGAUAUCCAUCCGGAGUGA